GAUGAAAAUAUGUCUGUCAGCGUACUUUGAAUAUCUCGGGCAGCUGAAAACUGUAAUAUUCAUACCCUCCAAAAAUGUCGACAUUUCCUAGUUUCCCGAAAUACUAAAACUUUGUAUCAGGAAUGAAUUUUCCUUGACUUUUAUUUCUGUUAGUAGUACGGUCUAUUAAGUGAACGAUUGAGAAGUAUAAUCUUAUCUCGACAAAUAAAAAUCUCACUUUAAGUCCGUGAUAAUCCUCUUGACCUACGAUGGAGAGAGUCAAGCGACUGCUUAUCACUUAUUACUGACUGACAUUUCUGGCUUGGAAGUUUGAAGCCUCAACUGGUGGGUUCUCAUUUCAUAUAUACUAACCUUAAAUUGAUAGACACUCGAUCUUGGGACACCUGUGAUUAAAAAAGAUGGGAGAAACAAAAUUAAGCUCUACUCUCUAAAAUAUUGAAAGCUUUUCUGUAAUUAUGACCGCCAACGGUGAAUAUGAAUAAGCGACUAUUGUACGAGUUUGAGGAGAACACAUGUGUUUUGAAAUCAUUCAAAAUGAGAAGGUUAAGUAUGAAAUUCAAAAAAAAAAGUUUUACAGGGUCAUUUUCAGUUUUCAUAUUUCGAAAAAGUAUAAAUAGACAUCUGAGUAGAAUUUGAAAUUUAGUAUGUAACUGCUUAAAAAGUGUGGAACUAUUAAAAUAUGCUGACGAUUUAGUCUCGAAUUUUUGGAAAAUGUCUCAAACAGUGAACUGCUGCAUUAUUUUCAUAGCAAAUCACCGACGAGUUUCCUUUAUUAUACCAUAUAAAAACUCCGACAAACUAUUUGUUGUUGGUCUCAAUCGUCUUGCCGCACAAAUUUAUUGGGAUGGUUACGCCACCAAGUGUCACGUCGUUAAGAAGUUGUUUGAAGUUGAGACAGAGAAUCCACGAGGCAUCAACAAAUGUCUAAACGAUGCGAAAUGUGAUGCCAAAGGACGCCUCUUUACCGGCACUGUUAAUUGUGAUUUCGUCACUGCAGGCGUUAGUGAUCGAAAUUUAUAUAAAUUCGCUAAUGGUAAACUAGAACGGAUUUUAGACAAUGUGAAUCUCUCGAAUGGCAUGGCAUGGAAUUAUAAACGCAAAGAGUACUAUUACAUCGAUAGUGGCAGAAAUGAUAUCAUACGAUUCGAUUACGAUUUGAAAACUGGGCGUACAGUGAAUCCAAAAGUCGUUUUUCAUCUCGCUGUUAGUGAGUUUCCGCACAAUAACAGCGGUUGGAUUGUCAUGGACGGCAUGACCAUAGACACGUUCGGUUAUAUCUAUGUUGUUGUACAUGGUAGCACAAAAAUUUUAAAAAUUUGCACCAGGAAAUGGAGAAUAAUCGAACGUAUUGAAAUACCAUGCAGUUCAAUAUCGUCUGCGACCUUUGGCGGUGCCAAGUACAAUGAACUUUAUGUAACAUCUGUAGAUUCGGAAAAUGCAACAACAUCUUGUGGCGAGAUAUUUCGAAUUAAGGGUCUCAACGCUCGCGGCGAACUCAAUGAACCGAUAAGUUUUUAAUGCACAAAA